AACUGCUGCUGGCUGCCCCGCAACCGACAGCAGACACUGCUGGAGCGCAGCGCAUAGAGCGGUGAGCUGAUGCCCAGUACCGUACCUAUGGGUUGGGAGCUCUCUGUCCUCGGCUAAUUUGCUCUGCAAUUACCACGGACGAACUGCGCACGAAGUAUUUAAAGGACGCCAUUUGAAACAAUGACAUAGAUUUGUUUUUUAUCCGUCACUACUGGUUAUUGCGGAUGUAUCCCCUCUUUUCUUUCGGAUUAAUUUUUGGGGACUGCAAUCUUGAGAUCACAAUUACAUCGACUGAAGACCCAGCUAGAGAUAUCCAGUGGGCUUGACCCGCGUUUGAAUGUAACAUCAGAAUAGUCUGAUUUAUAGUCAGUUUGGCAAAUACAUAUUAAUGAGCGGAUUUAUUUUAGGUAAUUUUCUAACGGUAAAAACCGUUAUCUGACUAGCCACAUUCAUCCUUAGCUAACGUUACCUUGGUAUCGCUUGCUAUAGCUGUCUACAUCAGCUAGAUUUUGUUUCGUUUCGGCACACGUUUUAGAUUAGUCGUUCCGCUAAAUCAGACUGGAAACAUUACAAGAGGAAUCUGAACGCGGAAUACCACUUUCCAGAACACUCAAAAUAACCUCAAACAAGAAACGAAAGAAAACCGGCACAAUUUUGAGUUUAUCUUCGAAAGGACAAGGUCAGGGAGCUGAGAGGGCACUUAGUGGAGAAGAGGAGAGGCAAGGACACAGACAGAGGGAGCAUGCGUGUGUGACGGGCGUCUGUGGUGGGAUCUGUCAGGCCCCUCCCCUUGUUGGAGCCCCUUCACACCUGGGCUGGAGACCCCAUUUCUCAGUCCCAGUGGCAUCAACUUGUACAGCCAUGAGGAAGUUUGCCUACUGCAAGGUGGUGCUGGCCACGUCUCUGGUCUGGGUGAUGCUGGACAUGUUCAUCCUGCUCUACUUCAGCGAGUGCAAUAAGUGCGACGACAAGAAGGAGAGAGGACUACCGGGGAGAGACGAGGUGGUCCAGAGGCCCCGCGACGGUCCGGGCGAGAUGGGCAAGCCGGUGGUCAUCCCCAAGGAGAACCAGGAGAAGAUGAAGGAGAUGUUCAAGAUCAACCAGUUCAACCUCAUGGCCAGCGAGAUGAUCGCCCUCAACAGAACCCUGCCUGACGUGCGUCUGGAAGGGUGCAAGAACAAGCUGUACCCGGACGAGCUGCCCCGCACCAGCGUGGUCAUCGUCUUCCACAACGAGGCCUGGACCACCCUGCUGCGCACCGUCCGCAGCGUCAUCAACCGCUCGCCGCGCCACCUGCUGGAGGAGGUGGUGCUGGUGGACGACGCCAGCGAGAGGGACUUCCUGAAGAGGCCGCUGGAGCAGUACGUGCGCAAGCUGGAGGUGCCGGUGCGGGUGGUGCGGAUGGAGCAGCGGUCGGGGCUGAUCCGGGCGCGGCUCAAAGGCGCCUCGCUCUCCACGGGCCAGGUCAUCACCUUCCUGGACGCGCACUGCGAGUGCACCGUGGGCUGGCUGGAGCCCCUGCUGGCCCGGAUCAAGCUGGACAGGCGGACGGUGGUGUGCCCCAUCAUCGACGUGAUCAGCGACGACACCUUCGAGUACAUGGCCGGCUCCGACAUGACCUACGGGGGGUUCAACUGGAAGCUGAACUUCCGCUGGUACCCCGUCCCGCAGAGGGAGAUGGACCGGAGGAAAGGCGACCGCACGCUUCCUGUCAGGACUCCCACCAUGGCCGGCGGGCUCUUCUCCAUCGACCGGGACUACUUCCAGGAGAUCGGCACCUACGACGCCGGCAUGGACAUCUGGGGAGGGGAGAACCUGGAGAUCUCCUUCAGGAUCUGGCAGUGCGGAGGGACCCUGGAGAUCGUCACCUGCUCCCACGUGGGUCACGUGUUCCGGAAGGCCACGCCCUACACCUUCCCCGGGGGCACGGGCCAGAUCAUCAACAAGAACAACCGCCGGCUGGCCGAGGUCUGGAUGGACGAGUUCAAGAACUUCUUCUACAUCAUCAGCCCUGGCGUGACCAAGGUGGACUACGGGGACAUCGCGACUCGGACCGCCCUGAGACAGAAGCUGCAGUGCAAACCCUUCUCCUGGUACCUGGAGAACGUCUACCCGGACUCCCAGAUCCCCCGCCAUUACUACUCCCUGGGAGAGAUCCGCAAUGUGGAGACCAACCAGUGUCUGGACAACAUGGCCAGGAAAGAGAACGAGAAAGUGGGGAUAUUCAACUGUCACGGCAUGGGGGGAAACCAGGUGUUCUCCUACACGGCCAAUAAGGAGAUCCGCACGGAUGACCUGUGCCUGGACGUGUCCAAGCUCAGCGGCCCGGUCAUGAUGCUCAAGUGUCACCACCUGAAGGGGAACCAGUUAUGGGAGUACGACCCCAUGAAACUGACGCUAGUGCACGUCAACAGCAACCAGUGUCUGGACAAGGCCACGGAGGAGGACAGCCAGGUGCCCAGCGUCAAAGACUGCAACGGCAGCCGGUCCCAACAGUGGCUCCUGAGGAACGUCACGUUGCCCGAAAUCUUCUAAACGCGCGUCCGCGGAGAGAGAGACGGAGGGCAAGCGAGAGAGAAAGAGACACAGGCUCCCAAUACAGACAUUCGAAGAAGAGAAUGAAAGAGAGAGAGAGCGAGUGGGAAAAUAUUUUUCGACUGGGCUACCUCGGCAUGCUUCUCUGCCCUCACGGUGGCUGCAAGAGAGAAAUAAAUAACUCCCCAUUACUCUGUGAGAGCCGGAGAGAGAGAGAGAGAGAGAGAGAAGACUUGGGCGCUCGAGGGAAAAAAAAAAAACUUGAUUCAUGUGCACUUGCCUUCCCUAGGAGGCAGUCGUCCCAGUACCGCUUGCAUAUCGGUUUGUUUACGUGACUGCCUCAGUUUGUUAUUUUUGUUCGUGCGUGUGUGCGUGUGUGCGUGCGUGCGUGUGUCUGAGCGUGUGUGUGUAUGUGUUUUCCCUCCAAAAGGGGCGUUGCUUCAUUUUUGUUUUAUUUAAGUUUUUUUAUAUGGAAGUACAAAAAAUCAGUGGAUGUGUGAUUGAAGGGCACACCUGUGAUUCAGACAGAAUAUGAGACUACAGGGUGUCCCCUGGGGAUAAGGCCUACUAAUACUGGUGUGUGUGUGUGUGUGUGUGUGUGUGUGUGCCUGUGGGUCAUCAGUGAGGCCACGGCUUCGGAUGAAAAGGACAAGCCACACACUACACGGCCAGACGGAGCGAGUGGAGCUCUUUGUCCACAGAUACUUUAGGCCAGUCGAGUCAGAGGACAAUGUGCUGUGGGAAAGCUCAACAGAGAGAGGAGCCGGUAACAAACUCCAAUUGAGAAGAGAACACAAUGAAGCAAUCAUAAAAAACAGGGUUGACUUUAAAUUCCUAUAGGAUCAAAAGACAAAAUAAUCAGUUUUGUGAUAUCUUCGAUUUUUAUGUAGGAUUUUUUUAUAUGAAUCGUAAACAUGAUUUUUUUUUUUGUUUGUUUUUACAGUUUUUGUGAGUGCCACAAAAAAAGAAGUGAUUUGAGUUUUAUUUUUAAAAUUUAAAUUGGACCCCUUUUUUGUUCGUUUGUCUGUCUGUCUUAAAUAAGAUGUUAAUAUAGAGCUAACAUGUACACACCUAGGUCUCUGUAUAUCCCAGAACUGUUGCCUUCUUGGUCAUUUUGUGACUGACCUCGAUGAUCUAAUCUUGCUGUUUUGCUCCGUAAUGGUGGUCUUUCCAUUUCAGUCUGAAGGAGAGAGUUGUGCUUCCACGCUUAUCUACUGUCGUGUGUCACCCUGAGACAGUUCCCCACGUGACCCUCCUCGGGCCCCUUCCCUUUCUCGUGUGAUGAGCGCACGUCUUCACGUCAUCGCUACGUUUCAUUGCGGCCAUCGCGCACCUUUGCUUGGUCCCACAGGGGGGCGCACUUUGGAAAUGCUCGGCGUGGACUUCGCUUCCGGAGCUCUGUAUCGCCGGGUGACGCGGAGAUCGGUCUCCCCCUUGCGGUCACGCCCGUUUGCACACCGGACUCUUCAAACCAGCUGAAUGCCCCCCUCGCUCCCUACUUCCUCCAAUGGCGGGGAAGGGUGAACAGUGGACACGCCCACACAUCAACUGCAUUUCAUCUUUUUAUUUUCUGUAGAUACAAAGAAACAUGAAAAGACUGCACUCUCAUAUCUUUUCUGGAUUAACAGACCAAAAGAAACCUUUACAGACUGGAGAUUAUUAACUGUGGAGCAAAUGAACAGGUGUGAUGUGGAAUCCCCCCAUAAGGGUUUUCGAUGAUAACACAGAUGCAUCAUUGACUGAUAUUAUGGAGUCCUCUUGUCUGAAGGCGCACACGGGCCAUCGUAUCAACAACCAGAAGCCUCAUUCUGGAUAUCUUUUUUUUAUCAUUAUAUUGCUUUUAUCAUCAUGAUUAUUUCACGUUUAAUAUGGAUGUUAAUGACCAACACCAUCUUCUUCCUUCAUGUGCUUUAUCCGAAGUUUUUGGUAAAGUUCAUACAUUUCAGUUUCCUUUCUAAGCAGGAAAAAGGGUGUUUACACACAUUCUUAAAAAUAAAUGUCAGUUCAUUUGUACUUUUUAUUUCAUGUUUCUGAGACUGAACCUUGAAGGGUCUGGUGAUUUGUAUGGCUGUAUUUUCAGGGCUCCCGCAGGAGCUGGUCUACAAGGGGGAAAUAAAGAGUGAGAAAGUGUU